AUGUGGGAGAUGUUUAAAGACCAGGUGAUCAGAGCUCAGGACAGGCAUACUCAGAACCUGCAGAAAAUGUUUAAAGAGGCUUUGGGAGUGUGCUGCAUCUGUCUUUUCACUUAUCUCUUUGCUGUUAAUGCCGCUGCAACGCUGAGAGUGGCUCGGGACCGCCUGACUGGAACCGUCGGACAGUCCGUGCUCCUGCCGGCAUCUUACACCGACUCAGAUUCACACGGGUACCUGCGGAUCACAUGGACCAAAGCCGGGUCUAGAAUUGCGGAUUUUCGAUGCCCCUCGGACAGAAGCGGCAACUUUGAUGGAUGUCACCAAACCAUCCCUAUUCCCGAUCACUAUAAACAUCGGGCUGUGUUUUUUCUGGAAAAUGCAUCCUUACUGCUGAGAGAUUUGCAGAUCAGCGACAGCGGGGUUUAUGAAUUAUCCAUUGGCCACUCGACGGGAAUGGAAAAGGGCAGUUUGAACUUGACGGUGCAGCCCAGCACCAGGGAUACACCUGGCACCACCAAUAGAACCGACAUGGGCCAUAAAAUAGGUUCCCACUCAAGACUUGAAUUCAUCCUUCCACCUGUUGGCAUUGCUGUUAUUGCUAUUUUCUUGCUUCUUACUGUGAAGAUGAGAAGAGGUUGUAAACAAGCUCAGGAACAAACAGAAAAGCGAAAUACUGCAGAGGAUCAUCAGAAAUCACAGGAACGAGCUGGCGCACUCUAUGCUGAACUCCAAUGGCCUCAACAUACUAAGGAGAAAAGAAAAAUCCACUUUCCCAAAGAAACGGUUGAGGGUGCCACAGUGCAGAACACAGACUUCAUCAAUGACAAUUCAGCUGUGUUACGUGCUGAGAUGCCUUCAGGAACUAAUGAGGAGAAAAUGCACGUUAGUGGUAUGAAGACUAAAAAUGUUCGAAAUAAAAAAUUGAGAAAGUGAUUACAAAAUGAUUAAAUUACAUUGGACCAUUUUGGGAAAAGGGAUCCAUCUAAUUGUUGUACUUGUGGUGCAUGUACAAAGCAAGACCUUUGCACACCGUGAAUGAAAUUUGCUACUUGUAAUUUUAAUGUACAGGUGUUUGAAUGAAUUUUGCACUGUAAGAGCGAACAUAAUAGAAAUAAAACAG